GAUAGAUUGUCUAGAGAGCAGCAGAAAAAGGACUGUCGCUCAUUUGGCUUCCUUUUCCCUCUCGCUUCCGCCCUCUCCUCCCUCGCUUUCGGAGCAGAGCAAAACUCGCACGCAAUUGCAGAGUUGCAGCGGCUUGCUGAUCCGCAUUUCCCAAGUCAGCAGCUCAGGCGCUCGUUGCCUUGUCUGUGCCUUAGCCGCCCGUCUGCUGCCCCUCUCGCUGUUCCGCAUACCAGACCAGACCAGACCAGACCUGCUUUCUUACACUUCUUACAUAUCACCUUACAUACUUAAACCCGUCAAGCCGCCAACAUGCCCAUAGCCCAUCAUAUGGUCCUGGCCUCGGGCGCCGUCGUCGCCGUGUCAGUGGCAGUGGCUACCUUCAUCGCCAUCUACGAGUCCCCCGAGCUGCGCCAGUACGCCGACGACGUCCGCCGACGCAUCGCCAUGGCCUUCUACUCCAUGGGCGACGGCAUCACUCCCCCAGCCAGGGAGCCCCGCUUCAACAGGCCCGAAGACGCCGAGGGUUUCCUCCAGUCUCGCCGCGGCCAAGGUGCAGAGCCUGGCGUUGAUGCUGAUGACGAAACCCGCCGUCGGCAGAGGGAGGAGCUGCUCUACUGGAACGCCGUGCGGCUUCAGCAGCAGGAAAGAGAGAAUCAGCAGCGAAACUCGUCCGACCCGCCUCCUCGACCAGCCAAACUGCCUCGCGGAUCUACCUUUGACGAUUUUUUGCAGCCAGAUACCUCUGCCGAGCACGAAGGUGCAUAUGUCUUCAACUCUGGUGCAGACACUAGGGACUUUGGCGGCCUUCGUCGUCGCGGGGAAGGCGCCCGAGGAUUCAUGUCACCUGCUUACUCUAAUCCCUUUGCCGACGAGCAUCACAUCGAGGCCGACGAAAUCCAGGACGCCCACAUUGCCCGCCAGCUCGCCCCAGAGCAGAGCGAGGUCAUGUCAGACAUUUACAGCGCAACAACUCGUGAUGAUCAUGAAGAGCGUCAAACUGCCACUCUGGAGCCUGUCUCGCCAUCACCGCUGAUUGAUGUUGCUCCGCUACCUGCCCCAUCACAGUCAUCGCUGCCACCUACCCUUGAGCGAGAGCUUGCCGAAAACGAGUUCAUGUCCGCCGGCCAAGAAGAUCGCCACGACGUCCAUGCUUCCAUCCAAGCCUGGGCCCAGGAAUCGAGCCGUGACUUUUACUCCCCCCUCCCCGUGACUCCCGUAGCACCAAUGUCUGAGCCGGACGUCAUCUCUGAAGGAGAGCUUACCCCCACCGACUCCAUUUCUCUUGUUGGAUCCGGCGAGGAUAUUGCCAAUGAUGCUCACUUUUCGGAACAUGAGAGCAACGGACGAUACAUGGACGUGAUGAGCGAGAGCGAGGGCAUGGCCACUCCGGCCAGCUGGUCUGAGGUUGGUAGCGUCAUCAGCGACAAUGACGGCCCAAUGCACGCGUGAGCGUAAUAUGUAACUUGGCCUAUGCAUGCCCGAUCUGCCCUCAUACAAGAGAGCCUAACCCGGGAUCUUGAUUUUAUUUCCUUUGAUUCUUUGUUUUUUCUUUUUCCUUUUUUGGGUAUAAAUGGUGUGGCGUUGAGUUUUGGCGCUCCGGGACAUGGUAUAACCAGACAUGACACUACUGCAGGUGGCCCCUCUAUCGCUUAUGGGCGUGUAUAUUCUAUUCAUUCUUGCUCUAUUCUCAGAUCUCAUGGAAAGGUAGUCACCUGUUGUGGCAUCUUGUGGCAUCCUGUGGCCGGAUAUACAUGUCUUCAGAUUCUGCCCUCCUGUUGCACUCCUUCAAACUACCUAAAUACCAUUCUGUCAUCUACCGAAUGAAAAGAAAUCAGGCCGAA